AUGUCACUCGCACCAGCACCCAAGCACCGCUGCACCAGCUGCGGGAGGUUAUUCAAACCCAGUGCAUACACGAAGCACUUGAAAUACACACGUCGAGCUGUCGGUAAGGCACUUCGCCAACAGCAGUUUGAGUCCGACUCGGAGAUCAGCAACGACAACCCACCGGAACUUCCCCAGCAAUUUCAAGGCGAUCUAUACGGCGACUACGAUGACUACGACUGGGACAACUAUAGGAGCAGUGAAUCGGGGGAUCCGAUUGUCCUGGAUGACGUUCUCCAACUCCCUGAGCUCAUUGACGACCUUGACGACAACCUCGACGACGAAGAUGCAGAGAACUUCAAAGCCGAACGUCGGUGGGAGCAUCCUCCACCUGUUCAGGAUCAGCACAAUGGCGGAGGCGAACACAGCGACGAUGGGUUCAAUUCUGACUCGUCUGAAGAUGUCACAAGUCGUCAAGCGGACUGGCAAGUGCAACGAACGGCACGAGAUUCUCUCAAAACUACGACCCAUAUUGUUUCUUCUCCCCCCGACUCUCUGGCUGGCACUCCAGUCCAUCAACAACGCCAACGGUCAAGCUACGAAGUUACACAAGACGCGUUUGAAGACGAUGACGAGCAGAACCCAUACGCUCCGUUCGUUUCAUUCAUUGACUGUGCGGUGGCGAUGUGGGCGAAGAUGUGGGGCCCAAGUUCCACUGCUGUAUCAGAGCUCUUGCAGAUCGAUGGGCUCGCAUCUACACUUGGGCUUUCAUUCCGGAAUUCUCGGGAACUAAACAAGAUUAUCGACGAACAGCUUCCCUCUCCGCGACCUCGCUUCAUUCGUCAGGAAGUCCUCAUCGGCGACCAGGUCUUCGAGUUCUUCUAUCGCGACGUCAUUGAGUGCAUCCGAGCGCUCUACGGCGACCCCGAGUUCUCGGGCUUGCUCGUAUUUGCCCCGGAACGUCACUAUGCAGAUGCAGACCAUACAAUUCGGGUCUAUUUCGACAUGCAUACUGGGAAGUGGUGGUGGGCGACGCAGGAAGCUCUGGAUCGGGUGAAAGCAGGGGGUACCAUCAUCCCGAUCAUCAUCUCAUCCGACAAGACCCAACUUACCGUGUUCGGAAACAAGACUGCCUAUCCCGUGUACCUAACUAUCGGCAACCUUCCCAAGCAUAUCCGUCGCAAGCCUUCUCGUCGCGGACAAAUUUUGUUGGCCUAUCUCCCUUCAACUCGCCUGGAACACGUCACUAACAAGGCCUCCCGCCGACGCAUGAACGCCAACCUCUACCACGCAUGUAUGGCUCAAGUAUUGAAGCCUCUUCGCACGGCUGGCAUUGAUGGCGUCAACAUGGCGAGCGGAGACGGGAUCAUGCGCCGCGGACAUCCGAUCUUGGCCGUCCAUGCAGGCGACUAUCCGGAACAACUUCUCACCAGCUGCUGCAAGAGUGGCGAUUGUCCGAAAUGCGCUAUCGAUUGGAACAAUAUUGGUGCCUCAACAGACCCCAACCGUCCGUUGCGUAAUCUCCCCGAAGUCCUCGAGGCCCUGUCGGUCGCUGACACGGGGACCGCAGCGGAGUUCGGUAGCGCAUGUCGCAAUGCAAGAAUCAAACCUGUCACCCAUCCAUACUGGCUUCACCUCCCCUUCGUCAACAUCUUCCGAUCUAUCACCCCAGACAUCUUGCACCAGCUUCACCAAGGAGUAGUCAAGCACGUCAUAUCUUGGAUUAUUAGCGCUUACGGAGCCGAUGAGAUCGACGCACAUUGUCGUCGCUUCCCACCCAACCACCAUAUUCGACUCUUCAUGAAGGGUAUUUCCACCCUGCAGCGAGUUAUGGGCAAGGAACACGCGGGUUCUCUUCGUACCCAGCACAUACAUCGGAUACCCUCACUCUUCUCGAAGACGCUCUUCGGUGUAGAUAUCAACCAAGAAGCGCUACGCAUCCAUCUACCUUUCAACAAGUUCCCUGCCUACCACAAGAUCAAACUCGUUCUCAAAGAUGCACAGGGCAUCGGUGUCAUGGAGGCUGUACAAGACGUGAUCCACGCUCGGCCUCAGAGACAAGAUAAGCGCGGUAGGGUAGUGCCUGGUCGAUUCGACACCGUACUCGUCGAAGAUGGCGGUGACGAAGCGGGCGUCCAAGGGCAGGUCGUCUGUGGCUUGUUUUCGCCAUACCAAAAGCUGUAA